CUCUGCCUGCCAGACAGCUUGAACCUUCACAAGGACCAGCAGAGGUCAAGCAAGCCCGGGGAGGUGCAGAUGUUCAGCCAGUCUGAGCUGAGGACCAUCGAGCAGUCUCUGCUUGCCACACGCGUGGGGAGCAUCGCUGAACUCAGUGACCUGGUGUCUCGAGCGAUGCACCACCUGCAGCCCCUCAAUGCCAAGCAGCACGGGAACGGGACACCGAUGCACCAGAAGCAGGGAUCCUUCUACUGGGAGCCAGAGGCUCUGUACACCCUCUGCUACUUCAUGCACUGCCCGCAGAUGGAGUGGGAAAACCCCAAUGUGGAGCCCUCGAAAGUCACGCUGCAGACUGAGAGGCCCUUCAUCGUGCUGCCGCCGCUGAUGGAGUGGAUCCGGGUGGCGGUGGCUCACGCCGGCCACCGCCGCAGCUUCUCGGUGGACAGCGAUGACGUGCGGCAGGCGGCCCGGCUCCUGCUGCCCGGCGUGGACUGCGAGCCCCGACAGCUCAAGAUCGACGACUGUUUCUGUGCCUCUCGGAAGCUGGAUGCGGUUGCCACCGAGGCCAAGUUCAAGCAGGACCUGGGUUUUCGGAUGCUCAACUGCGGCCGCACGGAUCUGGUUAAGCAAGCCAUAUCCUUGCUGGGGCCGGAUGGGAUCAACAGCAUGAGCGAGCAGGGCAUGACUCCACUGAUGUAUGCUUGUGUCAGGGGUGAUGAGGCUAUGGUGCAGAUGCUGCUAGAUGCUGGAGCAGAUCUGAAUGCUGAGGUUGUCAGUACUGCUCAUAAAUACCCAUCCGUCCACCCUGAGACCCGCCAUUGGACAGCUCUGACAUUUGCUGUGUUGCAUGGACAUAUUCCUGUAGUUCAGCUAUUGCUGGAUGCUGGAGCAAAGGUAGAAGGUUCCUUAGAGCAUGGAGAAGAAAAUUACUCUGAAACUCCUUUACAGCUGGCAGCAGCUGCUGGAAAUUUUGAACUGGUUAGUUUGCUUUUGGAGCGAGGAGCUGACCCCAUGAUAGGCACAAUGUACAGGAAUGGCAUUUCCAUGACUCCACAAGGUGACAUGAACUCUUUCAGUCAGGCUGCUGCACAUGGACACAGGAAUGUUUUCCGCAAGCUGCUGGCUCAGCCGGAGAAGGAGAAGAGCGAUAUCCUGUCGCUGGAGGAGAUCCUGGCCGAGGGCACGGACCUGCCCGACGCGGCGGCGGCUCCGCUCUGCGCCAGCCGCAGCAGCAAGGCCAAGCUGAAGGCGCUGAAGGAGGCCAUGUACCACAGCGCCGAGCACGGCUACGUGGACGUCACCAUCGACAUCCGCAGCAUAGGUGUUCCCUGGACGCUGCACACGUGGCUGGAGUCUCUGCGCACGUCCUUCCAGCAGCACCGGCGGCCCCUCAUCCAGUGCUUGCUGAAGGAGUUCAAGUCCAUUCAGGAGGAGGAGUACACUGAGGAGCUUAUCACACAAGGGCUGCCUCUGAUGUUUGAGAUACUGAAGGCCAGCAAGAAUGAGGUGAUCAGCCAGCAGCUCUCUGUCAUUUUCACUCAUUGCUAUGGACCCUACCCAAUUCCAAAGCUCGUGGAAAUUAAGCGCAAGCAGACCUCCCGCCUGGAUCCUCAUUUUCUUAACAAUAAAGAGAUGUCAGAUGUCACAUUUCUGGUGGAAGGAAGACCAUUUUAUGCACAUCGAGUGUUGCUAUUUACUGCAUCACCAAGGUUUAAAGCAUUGCUGUCUAGCAAGCCCUCAUCUGAUAGUACUUGUAUUGAGAUCAACUAUGUGAAGUACCCCAUCUUUCAGCUGGUUAUGCAGUAUCUUUAUUAUGGAGGUGCAGAGUCACUCCUGAUUAAAAAUAAUGAAAUUAUGGAGCUUCUCUCUGCUGCUAAAUUUUUCCAGCUUGAAGCUUUACAACGACACUGUGAGAUCAUUUGUGCAAAAAGCAUUAAUACAGAAAACUGCGUGGAUAUUUAUAAUCAUGCCAAGUUCCUCGGCGUCACAGAACUAUCUGCCUAUUGUGAAGGCUACUUUCUAAAAAACAUGAUGGUCCUCAUUGAAAACGAAGCUUUCAAACAGUUGUUGUAUGACAAGAAUGGAGAAACAUCUGGUCAGAAUGUACUAGAGGACUUACAGAGGACGUUGGCCACAAGAAUUCAGUCAAUUCAUUUGUCUUCUUCGAAGGGCUCCGUUGUAUAAAGCUGAGGAAGAUGGUAACCCACUAAUCAAAGACCCUGCAAGUUAAGUCUGCUGUUGCAGACUGCUCAAACCUGUUGCAGUUGCUUAAAUGACUACAGAAAAAAGAAAAUGUAAAAAAUUCUACAUCGCAUCCAAAUGGUUCUGUUUCAGCCAAAGGUGCUGCGCUGGGGCUGUGUCCCCACCUGGAUGAGAGAAUACAGAAACCAACUUCUCCCUGGUUUUGAGCAAGCUGGGUACUGGAGCAUCUGGUGAAUUGCCCUUGUACUCACAUUCUGAACAUGAGCCUGUUCAUGGAGCUUGAUGCCAACAAAAGCCAGAACUCACAUCAGUGAACAGCAGAAGUCCCUGCCUGAAGGGUAGUGCUGGGGAACACCUGAAUUGACCAAUUAAUCAUUUAAGUCAGAUUUGUUCCAGUGUUGCACAGUUAAGAACUGUAUCUAUCCCAGAGUCCAUUAUCUCAUGCAUUUAAGAAAUGUAAGAACUGUUACUGCUGUCCAGCAAAGAUCAGCUGUGUUAGAGAGUGGGUAAGACUGUUAGAGUUGAGGAAAUAUACCGGCAGAUUUUUAGGGGUGGGAACUUUUUAAACUGUUCAUAAAAAAUAAUGGGGUGGCCUUGUAGUUUAAAACCUAUUUCUUAAGCUUAAAAUUUCAUUUUCAACAGAGCUGUGUUUGAGAAUCUAUGUAACAUGUUUUGGUUUUUUAAAUGGUAAAAUGUACAUUGUGUAAACACACAUAUGAUCAAGUUUUGCUUGUGUUCUUUCCUAGGGUAGUAUAAUCUUGCCUGAGAGGCUAUGGUUACACCAAAGAGGCACAUUACCCAGACUGUCUCUAAUACAGUAGUGGGGGGGGCAGGAGAACUGCAUGCUACUCAUGAUUUGGGGUUGAAAUCGAUGACAAACUCAACAUACAUGCCUUUGCAUGGUAACUGUACCUGUGAAAUGUUACGUUUGUGCUUCGUUUUGCCAAGACAAAUGCGAUGUUACUUCUUGUCAAACUUCAUUUGUGAAAUUAGCUUAUUUUUUUAUCUGGUGUGAUUGGCUGCAAUAUGAUACCCCUGAAGCUCCUUCUCAAGAUGCUGAUUUCUCUUUGUUGCAGUGAAGAGAUAAUAACAGAUCUUUACUUUAGUGAUGUGUGGAUGUUUUGCUACUGGCCAGAGAUUGUGUCUGAGUUAGACUUUUUAAAAUUAUAAUUAAAUAUGUAUGAUAGAAUGAUUUCUCACUGUAUCCUGAGAAUGUAUAGGUAAUCUACAGUGCAGGGCUUGGGUGGGGUGGGGGGUGUGAUUUAAAUGUCAAAGCUGUGUUUAUUUUGCAGCAAGACAAAUCUGCUAUGUGCCACAACAUUCUGGAUGCCCUCUCUCUGAAAACCACAGUAAGAAACAGGCAAAGAUGUUGCCUUCUGCAUGACAAAGUGACAUUCAUGUAUUUAUUUUCUAGCGUGCCAUUCUAGGGAAUUUAGAAGUUUGCGUGUUAACCUCUUUUCCUUUUGUUGAAGCAUCUACAUCAGGUGCCCUUCUCUGUUCCAGCUUUUGAUGUGCUCAGAGAACACAGUUUUGGCUUUAGCUAUCAACACAGUAGGAAGCUGUUUUAUGACUCUGAGGUAUAAAUCCUCCUUUGUGCUUGGUCUUCUAAAGCCUCUACAGUUUCUGCAACAAAUGAAAAAAUGUCUGAACUGCCGCUAAUGUUGCAGAGACACCGCGUGUCAGUCAAUUAGAUCUUGUUUUCUGCGUAGUAAACCUUCACACAAGAUGUUGUCUGGAAUUUUUAAGUAAUGGCUACUUCUGUGUGAAUAUUGUGAUCAUAGAGAAGCAAGACCAUAGUUAAUACAACAGCAAUACACGGGGGUGCAUGUUGUUGCUUGGUGUGCCUUCUCAUCCAUGGAAACCCAUCCUUCUAUGACAAAAAUAACUAGCUAGGAGCAGGCCUCACCCUGCAGCCUCAUGGUUUAAAAUAGCAAAGUUUUUCAAACAAUAAUCAUUACAUAUUAAAGGGAAGGAAACACUGGUAACUCCAUGCUAGUCCUUCUUCUGAGUUCAGAGUAUCUGUGGCAAAGUUCAUUAGGUUUGUUUCAGCAGUAAAGGGUUUAAUAGGGCCUUUGGUGGUUGUACACGGAGUGGUCACUGUUGUUUGGGCACCCUGUUACAGGAAGGGACUGCAGCUAAGGAUCUACACAGGAAUAACUUUUGCCUUUAGAAAUGCUGGUAAUCCAAACAUCACAGAUGUAUAGCAGAGCUGAAGGAAACCUUAAGAAAAAAGUCAUAACUUUCAAUUCUUUUUUGACCAGUGGUCCCCAGGACUUAUACCAGCAAAAGAGCCAGCCUGUGUAAACCUGCAUUCAUUUCUCCUGGAAACAGCCAGCAAACCUUGUGGAUCCACAAACCAGAGUUUGGAAAUGGUGAUUUUAGUCUGCCUCUCCUGAUGUGAGGCUGGGUGAGGUCCAGCUGAACCAUGCCAGACAAUGUGCAGCUUGCAGGCUCUUCAAAAAUCCAGUCACAGGGAUCCAUGAUCUUCACCACUCUCAUAAUCAGAAUGUUUUCCUAAGAGACUUCAGAAUUUCUUAAUUGCAAAUCAAGCCACUUUUUCUUCAAGUCCUGAUUGACAGGAAAA